CACUCGAUUUUGUCGCUCCUCGUUCUGUGUUACUCGUUCGGCUGCGGCUCCAAGCUCUCUCUGGACCCCUUCCGGAACGGAACGGCAAUAUCGGAAGCCGAAAGUCCGGAACACCAACCCCGAAGGUCCGAACCCCGCCGGCGAACUCCUCCAUCUCCGGCGACAGCAGCGGCGGCGACAGGGCGAGUGGCGCCGCCCGCCAGUUCUUCGUCGGGCGCUUCGCCGGCGACGAGCAUCCGACAGGGUUCUAUAAAGCUGUAACAUGGCAACUCUCAAAGAUGCAGCAGCAAAAAAACCAAUUCUAGCAACAAUCCGUCUUCUAGUUCCUGCUGGCGCUGCACGUCCCGCACCACCAGUUGGACCAGCUCUGGGUUUCUAUAGGCUUAAUUUGAUGGCAUUCUGCAAAGAUUUCAAUGCCAGGACACAGAAGUACAAGGCAGAUACUCCGAUGCAAGUUACUUUGACUGCCUACAAGGAUAGUACUUUUGAGUUUGUAGUCAAAUCACCUUCAGUUUCAUGGUUUCUGAAGAAAGCUGCAGGCAUUGAGACUGCCAGCAGCCGCCCAGGCCACAACGCAGUGUCGUCCCUGACUCUUCGCCAUGUAUAUGAGAUUGCAAAACUGAAGCAGUCUGAUCCAUUUUGCAAGCACAUGUCAAUUGAGGCGUUGUGCAAAUCUAUCAUUGGGACGGCUAACUCCAUGGGCAUUGAAAUUGUUAAAGACCUUUGAGUGGGCUGUCAGUCUAAUCAAUUCGUCGGACCAAUUUCAACCACAUUUUGUUUUCUCAUCUGUAUGAGUGUGGUUUUGUUUGAUCUAGACGAAAUAGAGACAUUUGAUUAGUGUAGGAACUAGGAAGUAUUGUGUGCUUCUUCUGUAUCAGCUUUUGUCUGCACCUUCUCUCAGAUGCAGAUGCAGCAACUAAUAUGUUUCUUCCUAUGUCUUGCACUUUCAAACAGAGGCUUUUCACUGAAUAUAUUGCCCAGAACCCUAUUGAGUUGCAAAACAUUGUCUUUGUGAAGAUAUUUGCAUCAGAAUUGAGCAC